UUCCUCUCUGUUCACUCUGUUUCCGUGAGUGUGCGUGUAUUUCUCUCUCUUCUUCUUCUUCUCUCUCUAGUUCAUCAUGUAGCAGAAAGACGAUGGGGAAACGAACGGCGAAAAGUUCGAGAUCCCAAACGUUACCGUCAUCACCGUCGCAUUCUUUCUCCUCCUCUUCAUCCUCCGAUUUCGAAUUCACCAUCUCCGUUUCUCCUCGUCAAGCCUCCACCGCGCUCUGUCCCGCCGAUGAACUUUUCUACAAAGGUCAGUUGCUUCCUCUCCAUCUCUCUCCUCGUCUCUCCAUGGUUAGAACGCUCAUUCUCGCUUCCUCCAGUACAUCGUCUUCUUCCGACACUAAUAGCACCACCGCGUCGCGCGAUUCCACCGGAAGUUCCACUGAGUCUCACUCCUCCUUCAGUAGCGACAUCGUGCUUCUUGCCGAUUGCGAUUCCUCCAGGCCUAGCUCCGUCACGGAAGACGAAGAGUUUAGAGCACGAUUCGGUAUCAAUACGACUAAGAAUCACAACAACAAUUCCAAUCCUAAUUUACAGAAUCCGAUCAGGAAGAGUAAAUACUUCUCCCUAUCGAGAUUUUCUUCCGUGUUUAGAAAAGAAUCGACGAAGAAUAAUCCUGAGGUUGAAGCUGUAACUGGAUCUCACGUUAAAAGAAUCAGCUCAUCUGCGAAAGAAGUAUUCCGGAAGUAUUUGAAUAAAGUAAAGCCGUUAUACGGCAAGAUUUCACAAAAACAGCAACAGGAAUGGAAGACUAAGACAAAUAGAUCUGGUAAGGACGAUAAAUUAUCAGAUAUGGAAUUUUCAGUCAAUAACUCCGGAAAAGAAAGCAGAUCAGCUCUAUCACACUCAUUUUCCGGUAAUUUGAGAUAUCCGAGAAGAAGAAAUAUUGCGUCGAGUUGUCCGUCGUCGAUUAGAUCAUCGCCAAGCCAUUCCGGCAUUCUAUCUUCUCGGACCGGAUUAUCGAGCAUGUAUCCAACUAAUAGAAUCGGAACGAUGACAAACUGCAGCAGCAACACGUCGUCAAUGGAGGAAUUGCAGAGCGCGAUUCAAGGUGCAAUCGCUCACUGCAAAAACUCCAUGGUGGAAAGCAAGAGGAGGACAACGACGACGAUGAGUAACGAGAUUUGAUUAAUGAAGUAAUAAUUAAUUAAUAACUUCUUUUUUUGUUGGUUUAACUAAUUAAAUGUUAAUUAAUUAGAGACUUGUUUGUGUCUGUACUGUAGUGUCACAUCUGUGGUCGCUUUUAGGAGGAACUCCUCGUUUGAAAUUCUUGUAAUUUUCUAUCUUUUCUUUUUAUUUUUCUCGCAUGGCAUGUUCUUGUGUUUUUAUUUGACAUUAGAAUCUAAUCAAGUAAUGGGACUGUAGCCUUGGAAACUGUAAUCAA